GCUUGAGCGAGCUGUGGGAAAGGAAGGAAGGGUUUUUUAGGUUCUCUCCUUCAACCGGUUCAUCGCUCUCUCUCUCUCUCUCUCUCUCUCGGCGUCACAACAAGAGAGAGAAAACACACACAUAAAAAACCAAAAACCUUCUUCACUUCUUCUUCGAUAAUCGAAAUCCUAUCCCCAAUUCACCGCCCACUUCCGCUGAUUCUUCUUCUUUUUCCCCUUUUCUUCUUGGUUCUGCGGCGGAGUUAUCCUUCUUGAGCGAUAGAUCGAGUUAUGCAGCAAGGUGAUCAGUCGGUUCUGAGCUUGAGACCUGGUGGCGGUCGACCUAGACUCCUUGGUCCUCGCUUUGACCUUUCAUCUUCAUCUUCUUCUUCAUCCUCUUCAUCUUCUUUUUCUUUCGGUUCAUUUUCCUCUGAUCUCCCUACCCUGCGUCCCCAUGCCGCUUCUUCCGCUUCCUUUUCUGUAAAGGCUGGAGAUUCACGGUUUGAGGGUCGUGAGCGUGUUCGAUAUACCCGAGAUCAGCUUUUGCAGCUUCGGGAGACUGUGGAAGUUCCAGAUGAUAUACUAAAAAUUAAACGGGAUAUUGAAGUGGAAAUUUUUGGCGAGGAACAAAGUUGGAGUCGUGGAGAGAGCAAUCAACUCAAUCAGUCUCAGAAUCGCUAUUCUGAGCCUGACAAUCGUGACUGGCGUGGCCGUUCUGCCCAAUUCUCUGCUUCUGGAGAGGAGAGGUCCAGGGAAACAAACCGAGACAGAGAUUUUGGUGGGCAUUUUGACUCUAGACUACAAGAUGCGAAUCACUUGAAUCGUCAAGAUUCUAACUCAUCUUGGACCCGAACCACUUCUAACCAAGGGGGAGGACCUCCUGCAUUAAUCAAAGCUGAGGUACCAUGGUCAGCUAGGAGAGGAAACCUCUCUGAUAAGGAUCGUGUCUUGAAGACUGUAAAGGGGAUAUUGAACAAGUUAACACCAGAAAAGUUUGAUCUCCUUAAGGGUCAGCUAAUUGACUCUGGAAUCACCUCCGCCGAUAUUUUGAAGGAUGUCAUUUCACUCAUUUUUGACAAGGCUGUUCUUGAGCCCACAUUUUGCCCCAUGUAUGCUCAAUUGUGUUCCGAUCUGAAUCAGAAGCUACCUCAAUUUCCCUCUGAUGAACCUGGUGGUAGGGAAGUUACUUUCAAACGAGUCCUCUUAAAUAUCUGUCAGGAGGCUUUUGAAGGUGCAGACAAGUUGAGGGAAGAGGUUAGGCAGAUGACUGCCCCUGAACAAGAGAGUGAACGCAGAGAUAAAGACAGACUUGUGAAACUUCGUACUCUUGGAAAUAUUCGAUUAAUUGGAGAGCUUCUGAAGCAAAAGAUGGUGCCUGAGAAGAUUGUCCACCACAUUGUCCAGGAACUCCUAGGACCAGAUAACAAAAACUGUCCGGCCGAAGAAAAUGUCGAGGCCAUCUGUCAAUUCUUUAACACCAUAGGUAAGCAGCUAGACGAGAACACUAAAUCGCGUCGUAUUAAUGACAUGUACUUUGGUCGAUUGAAAGAACUGACCACACACACUCAGUUGGCCCCACGAUUGAAGUUCAUGGUUCGUGAUGUUCUUGAUUUGCGUGCUAACAAUUGGGUUCCUAGGCGUGAAGAGGUUAAAGCCAAAACUAUAAAUGAAAUACAUUCAGAGGCAGAAAAAAAUCUGGGACUACGUCCAGGUGCUACUGUUAAUAUCAGAAAUAGUCGCAUUGUUCCUGGUUCUCCUGGGAACACUAGCCCUGGGGGUUUUCCUGUUAAUCGACCUGGUUUUGGGGGUAUGAUGCCUGGCAUGCCAGGAACCAGGAAGAUGCCUGGUAUGCCAGGAAUGGAUAACGACAAUUGGGAGGUACCUAGGGCCCGGCCUGUACCAAGGGGGGCAGACGUAUCUGGUAUCCAGUCUGCUGGACGUGGCCAACCAUUGGUUGGCAAAGCAUCAACAUUGAAUGCAAGGCUACUGCCCCAGGGUACCAGUGGGCUCAUUGGUAAUAAGACUAGUGCUUUAUUGCAGGGUCAGGGUGCGGGUGCAGGUGCAAGUGCAGGUGGAUCUACUACUCGUCCUGUUAAUUUUGGUCAUGGAUUGGAGCCCUCUGGUCAGGUUCAUAAACCUAUUACAACAGCAGCAAUCCUUCCACCUGCCGAGAGACCACAGGUUCCAGCUGCAUCUUUAAUGAAAGAUCUCAAAAAGAAAACUCACUCUCUUCUUGAGGAAUAUUUCAGUAUCCGGAUUUUGGAUGAAGCUUUACAGUGCGUGGAAGAACUCAUGUCACCACCUUACCACCCUGAGGUUGUAAAAGAAGCCAUUUCCAUGGCACUAGAGAAAAGCCCACCCUGUGUUGAAGCAGUUGUAAAGUUUUUAGACUAUUUACUCUCCAAGAAGGUUUUUACAGCUAGCGACAUUGAAACUGGAUGUUUGCUAUAUGCUUCUAUGCUCCACGAUGCAGGCAUUGAUUUGCCGAAAGCACCCAUCAAUUUUGGUGAGAUAAUUGGGAAACUUGUUAUAUCCGGUGGUUUGGAUUUUCAGGUGGUGAAAGAGGCCAUUAAGAAGGUUCAAGAUGACAGGUUCAGAACAGAUAUGUUUGAAGCUGUCUUGAAGACUAUUAGUUCUAAUGUUUCUGGGCAAGGUUUAUUGAACUCGUUGACAUCCGAUAUCGAGGACUGUCGAAGUCUAGCAUAUUAAGGUGAAUCUUAUUAUAUUUGCUUCAAGUUCUCUAGUUUCAGUCAUCAGAUGAAACUUCUCGCACUUAGUUUUGUUGUGGCGUGCUGCUCCAUUUCGUUUGCCUUCGUCACGUGACAAACAUGUAUUUCAUUAUCUGAUAAGGUGGCUACAAAGAACAGGUAAUUUUAAUUGAGUUGUAUAUUUUUUUCCGGAGUCUGUAGCAUGUUUAUUGAGAGUGGAAAUCGAACCCCAUAUGCCAUGGAUUUUGCUCUCCCAAGCAUGGCUAAAUCACGUGGCUGAAUAACUCAAAAGAGUGUUCCCUUUUAGGGAUCCUGUUAUUUUUAUAAUUUUUUUUCUUAAAAAAUAUGUUAAAUCUCGUCAUUUUUUAUUUAUUUGUUUCUAUUUGGGACUUGUUUACUGUUAAAUUGGGGCUAGUUUAUGCAUCAAUUUUCUGUUUUUUACAGUUCGAGGAAA